AUGCAAACUAUAAAAUGUGUUGUUGUCGGUGAUGGUGCCGUUGGUAAAACUUGCUUAUUAAUCUCGUAUACCACUAGUAAAUUUCCAGCUGAUUAUGUUCCUACUGUUUUUGAUAAUUAUGCUGUAACCGUGAUGAUAGGGGACGAACCAUUUACCUUGGGGUUAUUUGAUACUGCUGGUCAAGAAGAUUACGACAGAUUAAGGCCUUUGUCAUAUCCAUCGACCGAUGUGUUCCUUGUUUGUUUCUCCGUCAUUUCUCCCGCUUCGUUUGAAAAUGUUAAAGAAAAAUGGUUCCCGGAAGUUCAUCACCAUUGUCCCGGUGUGCCAAUAAUUAUUGUUGGUACCCAAACGGAUUUACGAAAUGAUGAUGUUAUUUUACAGAGAUUACACAGACAGAAGUUGUCCCCAAUCACCCAGGAACAAGGUGAAAAGUUAGCUAAGGAAUUGAGAGCUGUCAAGUACGUUGAGUGUUCUGCAUUGACUCAAAGAGGAUUGAAAACAGUGUUUGAUGAGGCUAUAGUAGCUGCAUUAGAACCCCCUGUAAUUAAAAAAUCGAAAAAGUGUACUAUUUUAUAG